UUUGUGUGGGUUCCUUGUUGACUUCCCAAGUCUUCCCAAAAUCUCUCCUUUGCUUUUUAAUCUUAUCUCUCACUUGAUGAUAUCAUUGCAUUGCCAUUUUUGAAGCUCUCCUGCAUUCUCUUUUUGUGAGUUAGAACUUGGAAGAUGGCGGAGGCAGUUCUUGAAGUUGCACUCGAAAAGUUGAGCUCUCUCAUUGAAAAAGAGCUGGGAUUAUUCCUUGAUUUCGAUCGAGACAUGAAAAAGCUUCGCAGCAUGUUCACUACAAUCAAGGCUACCCUUCAAGAUGCUGUGGAGAAACAAUUCUCAGACGAAGCUAUAAAGGAUUGGCUGCCAAAGCUAAAAGAAGCAGCUUACGAGCUGGAUGAUAUCUUGGACGAGUGUGCCUAUGAAGCAUUGGGGUUGGAGUACCAAGGAGUCAAGUCUGGUCAAUCACACAAGGUACAAUGCUCUUGCUUAUCCUCUUUUCAUCCCAAGCAUGUUGUUUUCCGAUACAAAAUUGCCAAGAGAAUGAAAAGGAUAACUGAGAGAUUAGAUGAAAUUGCAGAAGAAAGGCAGAAGUUUCAUUUGACUAAGACGGCUCUAGAGAGAACUAGAAUCAUUGAGUGGCGCCAAACUAGCUCAAUCAUCAGUGAACGACAAGUCUAUGGAAGGGAAGAAGAUACAAAAAAGAUUGUAGACGUUUUGAUGGCUAAUGCUGAUGCUUAUCAUUCUGAGAGUUUAUUAGUUUAUCCAAUAGUAGGUCUAGGCGGACUUGGAAAAACAACACUUGCCCAACUCAUCUUUAAUCAUAAGAUGGUAAUCAACAAGUUUGAGAUAAGAAUGUGGGUAUGUGUUUCUGAAGAUUUCAGUUUGAAUAGAAUGACAAAAGCUAUAAUAGAAGCAGCAUCUGGGCAGGCUUGCGAGAAUUUGGAUCUAGACCUGCUACAAAGGAAACUUCAAGAUUUGCUUCGAGGAAAGAGAUAUUUGCUUGUUUUGGAUGAUGUGUGGGAUGAUAAGCCAAAUAAUUGGCAGAAGUUUGAACGUGUAUUGGCUUGUGGGGCAAAUGGUGCUUCUAUUUUGGUCACUACUCGUCUUCCAAAGGUUGCAACAAUCAUGGGAACAAUGCCUCCUCAUGAAUUAUCAAUGUUAUCCGAGGAUGAAGGUUGGGAAUUGUUCAAACACCAAGUCUUUGGACCAAAUGAGGAAGAACAAGUAGAGCUUGUUGUCGCAGGGAAGGAGAUAGUAAAGAAGUGUGGGGGAGUGCCUCUUGCAAUAAAAGCACUAGGAGGAAUUUUACGCUUCAAAAGAAAAGAAAAUGAGUGGCUUCAUGUUAAGGAAAGCAAUCUUUGGAAUUUACCACACAAUGAAAACUCCAUAAUGCCUGUCUUGAGAUUAAGUUACCUGAACUUACCAAUAAAACUAAGACAAUGUUUUGCUCAUCUUGCAAUAUUUCCCAAACAUGAAAUAAUAAUAAAACAAUAUUUAAUUGAAUGUUGGAUGGCUAAUGGAUUCAUUUCAUCUAAUGAAAUAUUAGAUGCUGAAGAUGUUGGUGAUGGAGUGUGGAAUGAAUUAUAUUGGAGAUCAUUUUUUCAGGAUAUCAAGACAGAUGAAUUUGGCAAAGUUAGAAGUUUCAAGAUGCAUGAUCUUGUUCAUGAUCUUGCACAAUCUGUUGCAAAAGAUGUUUGUUGCAUUACAAAAGACAAUAGUGCAACUACUUUUCUCGAAAGAAUCCAUCAUCUCUCAGAUCAUACCAAGGAAGCCAUUAAUCCAAUUCAGUUGCAUAAAGUCAAAUAUUUGAGGACCUAUAUAAAUUGGUAUAAUACUAGCCAAUUCUGUUCUCAUAUAUUAAAAUGUCAUUCUUUGCGGGUGCUUUGGUUGGGACAAAGGGAAGAAUUGUCAUCUUCAAUUGGUGAUUUAAAACAUCUAAGGUACUUGAAUCUUUGUGGGGGACAUUUCGUUACUCUUCCAGAAUCGCUAUGUAGAUUGUGGAAUUUGCAGAUAUUGAAACUAGACCAUUGUUAUCAUCUGCAAAAAUUGCCUAAUAAUUUGAUACAAUUAAAGGCCCUUCAACAACUAUCUUUGAAUAACUGCUGGAAACUAUCAAGCUUGCCUCCUUGGAUAGGAAAGUUGACUUCCCUAAGGAAUUUAUCCACUUACUAUAUUGGCAAGGAAAAAGGGUUCCUUUUGGAAGAAUUAAGACCACUGAAGCUGAAAGGAGGUCUUCACAUUAAGCAUAUGGGAAAAGUUAAAAGUGUAUUGGACGCCAAAGAGGCCAAUAUGUCAAGCAAGCAAUUGAACCGAUUGUCUUUGUCAUGGGAUAGAAAUGAAGAGUCUGAAUUACAAGAAAACAUGGAGGAGAUUCUUGAAGCGCUUCAACCUGAUACCCAACAACUUCAGAGUUUGACCGUGUUAGGAUAUAAAGGUGCUUAUUUCCCACAGUGGAUGUCUUCUAGUCCUUCUCUCAAGAAAUUAGUAAUUGUAAGGUGUUGCAAGUUAAAUGUGUUGGCAAGUUUUCAAUGCCAAACUUGUCUUGACCAUUUGACAAUUCAUGACUGUAGAGAGGUGGAAGGUUUGCAUGAGGCUUUCCAACAUUUGACUGCCUUGAAGGAGUUAGAAUUAUCUGAUCUUCCAAACCUAGAAUCCUUGCCCAACUGCUUUGAAAAUCUUCCCUUGCUUCGCAAAUUGACUAUUGUAAACUGUCCCAAGUUGACGUGUCUUCCAUCUAGCCUAAACCUUAGCAGUCUAGAACGAUUGACGAUUGAUGCUUGCCCUGAGUUGAAGAAGCUUACAUUCCCCAUAUUAGACCAUGACGAUGAAUAAUAUAAUUCCAGUGCAGGUGUAUCAUAUUCCUUCCAUGAGGGACUUUUAAUAUCUUUUUGCAAAGUGUAUAUAUCCAGCAUAGUUACAGGAACAACAGAUUCUAGAGUUUUAGAAUUUUCAAGAAUAAAUUUUGUUAUUGUCACCAAACUUUACAAUUUGAAGUUUUCAAAGAAAGACAUACAUUUUACGAUUUUCUCUUCUGUUUCAUUUCCCAUUAUAUAUCCGAUUGUUUCUUUCCUGUUAGCUCCCGAGUUCUAAUAUUCAAAAAUAGUUUAAACUAGAUGAUGACUGGGUGGAAUUUAAUAUUAAUAACAGAUUAAAAUAAGUCUAAAUAAAUUUCUAUUCAACUUCUGUAUAUGCAACUAGUUGAAUAGUAAAAUGAUGUGUAUACUCAGAAAUAACCAUGUGUGUCUAAAUAAAUUUCUAUUCAACUUCUGUAUAUGCAACAAGUUGAAUAGUAAAAUGAUGUGUAUACUCAGAAAUAACCAUGUGUGUCCUCUUCAGUGUCUCUUUUAAGUCUACAAGUAGACCGGGAAGGAUUGAUGCCUGGUAGUUGUAGGUCCAUAUUGCCAUACAUAAGAAAACUUGUGUUUUCCUUUUCCCUUUGUAUACACAGUAACAACUAUGCAACAAAUACUAUACCAUAGAUUAGUACUAUAAGUAUCCAAACAUUCCAACUUCAUAGUGAUCAAUUGUCACACUUCACAAGUGAUAUCCCUUCACAAUGAUCAAGUAUCCCAAUUCACAAUGAUCUCAGAUUCUGAAGUUCUCGACUAAUAUUGCAUGUCCAGACACAAAAUGAAAGAGCAACAGAUGGGAAUGGCAUCAUGUUCACAUAGAGGGCUGUCUGAGAAGAGGUUACCUGGUUUACUCAUUGCAGUUUCAGACUUCACAGGAGGUAGCAGCCUUUGCAGGUCAUGGUGGUUACGGCUCAUAGGUUCAUCCUUAGAUCAUGAUCCUCAUAGGUUCACCUCAGCCUGGAGGCUCUUCAAAGGAGUUGUUGUGGUCGCCAGAGGAAGCAAAUGCAAGAGAGGAAAGGAAGGGGCAUGUUGUGAAUGAGGCAAAUGGUUAUAGUUUUAUAACUACUUUUAUAUAACUAGUAAAAAUAGUUUUUUUAGCAGUCCUAAUUGGGAUAAGGAAAACACAGAAUGGAAGAAAAAAAAAUCAAGGAAGCCUAUGAAAACAGCUCUGUUUUAGGAAUUUUUGGGGCAUAUAUCUGCCCUUCACAUAGACUAGCUAACUUGGCAGACUCAUGCUUUUGACCGAGUUUAUGUGAAUUUGCCCAAAUCUAGCCAAGUUUCCAAGCUAGUUGACUCAUUUUUUCACCAUGGAAUAAUUGAACUUGUUUGAGUUUGAGUCAACUUAUUGGCUCAACUAGAAUUAUAGAAUUUUAGUAUUGUAAAGUUGUUAUAGUAUAUUAAUAUUUCACUUGUAUUGGCACAAAAUUCAAAAAAGUAAAAACUAUAUGAUGCCUUUUCAGUUCGAGAAGUAUCUGAUAUGAUUUGCAGGUGCAGCGCCUCUUGUCUCACUGGAAAGGCCUUGCUCCCUUUCAAUCUUUGAAGCUCUAUUACUCUUACAUUCACUUAAUUUUUCUGUAGUAUUAACCCCCUCAUGACUUGAAACACAUAAAAUUCUCAUGUCUAGCUCAGCUACUGGAUAUCCAAUACAACUUAUCUAUCUGACUCUAGUUGAGUAGACAUUUUGAAAUAUCCAUGUUCCUUAAUUAAGCAGCAUUUCACUGCUAUUAGUACUGUUCUGUUCUUUUUCUUUGUUUUUUUUUUAAUUGUGAUUACCAGAAUAGUUAUUACUUAUUACCACUAUAAGCCUAAACUGUUAUUUAGUUUCUCGUCUUUGUUCUGUUGUUUGUCUUUUGUGUACCCUGACACAAAUUUUAUCUCAUUCUUGGUUAGUUAUAAUCCCAUUGGACCAGAUUGAGCCAAGGCAUUGGCUAAAGUUCUCAAGUUUCAUGGAAACAUAAAAAUGCUUAAGCUUGGUUGGUGCCAGAGUGCUAUGGCUGAUGCAAGAGACCAUGUCUUCGAGAUGACCGAAAAGGAAAUCAACAUCUUCCUCUAGAAGACAUUAAAUUCUGUAAUAAAUUCUUGUUACAAACCAAAGCAUUUUUAUUUUUUUUGUGUAUAUGUUGUUGGCAAGUAUUGGUAAAAGCUAUUUUUUGAGUUCUAGUGCUUCUUUGGGGGAAAGAAUAGAAAUUGUUGAUCUUGAAACCGUUACAACGGUUGUUAUUCUAUUGGACUAUUGGAUGA